AUGGGGCUGGAAAUCAGUUAAUGGGCAAGGGGCCCAAACCCUGCAGGUCGCAGACAAAGCACCAGCUGGUUAGCGUCAUGCUCUCUCACAUCACAGCAGAGAAGUUGCGAGUGUACGAGAGCUACGGCACACCAGGCUCCUCUCCCGAUCGCCUGCACCAAUUGGGCAAUUGAAGGGGAGAGAGGGGUAGAGAGGAUGCUCCUCCAAGCGUCGUCCCUUCUUCCAUUUUCCCCAUCUCUGCCCAGGAAGCAUUCUUCAGCAGGCAGACAAAGUGCUUUUUGCUCACUGGGUCGCUCUGCUGUAAGCCGUGAAGCUAUUGCGGAGAAGUUUGUAUGUACUCUUGCAGCAUCAUGUCUACUCCUUUUACCACCUGAGAAGGUAAUUGCUGAAGAGUUAUCACAUAAAAAUAACAUGUGCCAACUUGCAUCCACAAUAGACGUUGGUGUAGGGUUUCCUCCUGCUGAAAUGACAGAUGAAAGAGGUGGACAGCUCAUGAUGAGGGGUAUGACUGCCAAGGAUUUCAACCCCAUCAGAUAUUCUGGGAGAUGGUUUGAAGUGGCUUCACUUAAGCGUGGAUUUGCCGGCCAAGGGCAAGAAGAUUGCCAUUGCACCCAGGGUGUUUACUCAUUUGAUCCAAAAGUCCCAGCAAUCCAAGUUGACACAUUUUGUGUUCAUGGUGGCCCCAAUGGAUAUAUUACUGGGAUAAGAGGCAGAGUACAAUGCCUGUCUGAAGAAGAUUUGGAGAAAAAGGAAACGGAUUUAGAGAAGCAAGAAAUGAUCAAGGAGAAGUGCUACCUCCGCUUCCCUACAUUACCUUUCAUUCCCAAGGAACCAUACGAUGUGAUUGCAACAGACUAUGAUACAUUCUCUCUUGUUUCUGGAGCGAAAGACAGAAGUUUUGUCCAGAUAUAUUCACGUACCCCCAACCCUGGGCCAGAAUUCAUUGAGAGAUACAAAUCUUACCUGGCAAAUUUUGGCUACGACCCUGCUAAGAUUAAAGAUACACCGCAGGAUUGUGAGGUUAUGUCUCCCGGUCAGCUUGCUCUUAUGAUGUCCAUGUCAGGAAUGCAAGAAGCCUUAACAAACCAGUUUCCUGAUCUGCAACUGAGAGCCCCAGUUGAGUUUAAUCCAUUUACCAGUGUAUUUGAUACACUGAAAAAGCUAAUCGAGCUCUACUUUAAGUAGCUUCCGAAGUUGCUUUCGUGAGUUUCUUAUUAUGUUUUCUCUUCCUUUUAAAAGAAAAGGCAGAUGGAUGUGCUAUCCAGCGUGCCUGUCUUGUACUAUGGUUCAAAUAGAAAUAGCACUGCUCUUGUUAUCGGUAAUUGAUGGUAAUGGAAAGGCCAUGUAUAUAGCUUCA